GAGAGAGAGAGAGAGAGAGAGAGAGCGAGAGAGAGAGAGCGCAGUCAUGGCAAAUAUCGCUGUGCAGAGGAUCAAGCGAGAGUUCAAAGAAGUGCUGAAAAGCGAAGAGACAAGUAAAAAUCAAAUAAAAGUAGAUCUGGUGGAUGAAAACUUCACAGAGUUGAAGGGAGAAAUAGCAGGACCUCCAGACACGCCGUAUGAAGGCGGCAGAUAUCAGUUAGAGAUCAAGAUUCCUGAGACGUAUCCCUUUAACCCACCCAAGGUGCGGUUUAUUACGAAGAUCUGGCAUCCCAAUAUAAGUUCGGUUACCGGGGCGAUAUGUUUGGACAUUUUAAAAGACCAGUGGGCGGCUGCUAUGACUCUGAGAACAGUUCUGCUGUCACUACAGGCUCUUUUAGCUGCAGCAGAGCCAGACGAUCCCCAGGACGCUGUGGUAGCCAAUCAGUAUAAGCAGAAUCCAGAAAUGUUCAAACAAACGGCUCGCCUCUGGUCUCACGUUUACGCCGGUGCACCCGUGUCCAGUCCUGAGUACACGCGCAAAAUAGACAAACUCUGUGCUAUGGGCUUUGACAAAAAUGCAGUAAUAGUAGCCUUGUCCUCAAAAUCAUGGGACGUGGAGACGGCGACAGAGCUGCUACUAAGCAACUGAUCGUCCAGUCGUCUUUAUCAGGCCGUGUUUUCCUCAAGCCCUCCUGCUUCCCACCCAAGCGUCACCCGUAUCGGUUCGUGUUCAGACGAACGUUUGGGGAAGAGUCAGCACUGAAUCAUCUCGUCUGUCUGUGAAGCAAAUCUUCACGUCCCUUGUCUUUUUUUUUUUCUUUUUCUCUCCAUUUUCUCUGUUUUUUGCCUCGCUACAAUCAUAUUCCCUCUUAAAUUUAGGCUGUCACCUACUUUUUAAAGAAACCCAGUGAAGACCAAGCCUCCAUCAUGCUAAAAUGCACCAUUUACAUUUGGCUACAAAAGUGUACAUUUAAAAGGCAAAAAGCAGGCAUGGUUUUUUUUUUUUUUUUCUGUACACCAUAAAAAUACAUUUUGGGAUAUGCUUAUUUGAAUGGGAUAUUUAGCAUAAGAGAUUAAUAAUACCCCUUCUAUUUGAUGCUCUCUUACAAUGAACAAAUGUGUGAUUUUAUUUGCUCAUUUGAUUAUUUUCAGGUUUCUUUCGGCUUUCCUUCGCACUAAUCUGUCUGUAAAGUAGUCGAUGUGGACAGAUGACAAAGUGUUAUGUUGUGAGCGCAGACUCCGUUUCAAACUUACUGGGUGAGGUGUUAUAUAAAUAUAUAUUUUUAUGCCAUUUCUCACUUUUCCCUCUUUUUGGAAAGGGAGAUGAUGUGGGAUUGGUGCCCUUUGUUUUUCUUUUCAAGGCAGCUUCAAGGUUUGCAACUUGAUAAUGGACCGAUACACCUUGAGUUGCCUCAUUUUUUUUUUUUUGAAGAAUGUAUUGUAUGAACAACUUGCAUUUAAGUGUAAACAUUUUGUACAUGUAGAGAUGAGAAAGUGAAGACAUGAGAGUUUCUGUUCUCUUAUAACGAUUGGCUUUUUUUUGUGCAACAAUCAAAUUUGGUGAGACGCGUUCAGAGGUUUAAAAGGGUUUUCCAUUCACAAGCUGCAGAUAUAAAUUCGUAUUUAUAAUGUUGGAAGCAUGAAUCAAAGAGUUUUUUAGCCUAUGACGAUGCUUCAGAGUGAGUACUGCCACACAAUGAAGCUGUUUUAACCGAGCGCUGUUCUUUUCUUUCAUGGGUGAAUUGUUAAAAGUGCUUCUAUUUGCUAGCAUUCCCACAGAAUCGGUUUUCAAAGCGCCCGAACGUUCACAGCUAGUUGCUUCCAAACACCACCUUCCUCUUGUACAUACAGCAGAGUUUUCAGAGGGGAUAAAGUACCGUUCCUCUCUAGAAUGCACCAUCGAUGGCUGGAUUUAUAUUUUGUAUGAAAAUCAAAAAUGGAACAAAAACAAAAAGACUGUCUUCCUGUAGUGAUCACCUUGUUCAAUAUUGCACGAAGAAGUGAAUUAAAAAGGACAAAAACUCCCAUCAGAGGAGGAAUGCAGGUCACGGGCUCUGGCUUUAGUCACUUUAAGCUCCUUUACACAACACGACAGAGGAAAAAAAAAAACCCUACUCGAGCCGUACAAGCAUGGUUAUUUAUUGUGAAACUGUCAUAUUCUUUUCAAUUAAAAAAAAGUGGAAAAUGAAAA